AAAGAAGCAGAGAAUUGCCUGAGUCUGUACGAUCAGCAGCUAAAAAAGAAAUGAUGAACUGCAGAGCUAUCUUCAUCAUCUUAGCCAUCCUGAUGCUUUCUGGACAAUUGACAGAUGGCCGAGCCAUUGGUGCAGUGAAAUUCGAUCUGCGCUGUCAUUGUAUCCGAUCUGCACUCGGGAUCCCCCGAAAGUACAUCAAGAAACUUGAAAUCAUACCCGCAGGUCCGCACUGCACCAAAGUUCAAAUCAUUGCAACCCUUAGAAAAGGAAGGAAGGUCUGUGUGAAUCCAAAGGCAGAUUUGAUAAAAAAGAUAGGAAGGCCUUUGCAAUGAAAAGAAGAUAUUUGAGUGGAAAUGGACAAUCCCUUCGAACUGAUUAGUAACUCUUGCAAGAUUGCAGUUAUUUCUGGUGAUUAUGUUGGUUGAACCUUUCCAGAUAACUUUGUUUGAAAGGAUACAUGUUAUUAACACCAAAACGUGCCUGAAAUGAAAGGGGCUCAUGUCUUGUCCUGUUGGGUCAUGUAUUAAUUUCCAUACACCUACAGAUCUAUCUUGGCAGAUACUUCAUGUUUACUCAGCAGUUAAGAGUCCCUUUCUAUAACUGGAAUUUCGAUCUAGAGUGAAGUGGUGAGAGGGGGCAUAGGGUCAGUACUGAUGGUCAGUAUAUUUGCACUGGUUUAAGUCCUUUCUUUUACUCUGAGUAGAUUCAGAAAUACUUAAGAAUAUUUGUUUCGUCAUUGAAAUUUACAUCACAGUUUUCCAUAAAAUAUACUUGUCAAUCAUUACCUGGAAAUACUUCAACACAGUGCUAUAAUUCCACACUGGAAGUGUUAACAUAACAAACUUUUCACUCUGUCCUAUUUCCUGUCUGGGUAUUUUUUUUGUACAUUUAGAUUAUUCUUCAUUAUCAUGUUGGUACUGAGUGUAGUCGUUGGUUGUAGUGGGUUAGCUUAGUUGAAGAAGUUAUCAACUUGCAGCCAGGUCAGUAAACUGAGGGACACUGGCUUGCUUACAUAACAUGGAAAGAACAAUUGAUACUAGAUGAUCAGAUAUAGAAGUAAAUUAUGAUUUUUAAAAAUAAUUCAUAUUGUCACACUUAAUUUGCAAUGAGUUUUAUCUCAGAUCAGUCAGGUUAGUUGUAGUUUGGUCUAUGUUGUUUACUAGAUGGAAAUGUUGAAAGUCCAAAUAGCAGUCACUACUUCAGACAAGUGCUCAUUCUAAUAUAAUAGUGUUCCCACUCAAUGUCAGUUCUACUCAGUCAUACUCAGUAACUGUCCAGAAUAGUAUGCAUAUCUACAUACAUCAUUUAAGCAUUUUUAAUAUAAGAAGCUCCACGUGUAUUGAAGAUUGUUGUAUCAUUGACAUUU